GGCCCGCGUGGCGGUGGCGCCGACUUCGGAGUUCGGGCGAAUUCAUUCGGCCUUCCACCAAAUCGCGGCGAAGGGCGACGCGGACUUCGUGCGGGGCAUUUUGGUGGCGCAACUCGCGCUCAAACACAGAAUCAACAAGACGCAGCGGCAGCGGAUUCUGCUCUUCGUGGGGAGUCCAGUGGUGGCAAGUGAGAAGCAGCUGGUGCAGCUGGGGCGUCAGCUGAAGAAGAACAACAUAGCUUUAGAUAUUGUGUGUCUCGCGAAUGUGGAGGAGAACAGAGCCAAGUUGACGGCGAUGCAUGCAGCAGUCAACAGCAACGACACGAGCCGGUUCGUGGAGUACCCGGCGGGCAGCAGCAGCUUGCUGAGCGACGUGAUGGUCUCGGCAAUGCUGCUGCACGACCCGGAAGCAGCAGCAGCAGCAGCAGCAGCAGCAGGCGACGGCGCUGUGAACGAGUUCGGAGUCGACCCCAACGUCGACCCCGACCUUUACAUGGUGCUGCGCAUGUCUUUGGAGGAGGCGCGGCAGCAGCAGCAGCAGCAGCAGCAGCAGGGAGCAGCAGCAGCAGCAGCAGCAGCAGCAACCGCCGCGCCAGCGGGACAGCCCGCACCCGCCGCAGGUACGGCAGCAGCAGCAGCAGCAAAAGCAGCAGCAGCAGCGUCAGGUGCUGUUGCUGCCGCUGCAGUUUAG